AUUCUUUUCGCUCCUCUCGCGCUCAAGUCAACCUCCGACAUGCCGUCUUAGACAUUGCCCAGAGAGGAAACGGGGCAAUUGAGACCUGACGCUUUAUCUGCUGAUUCGCGACGCCGAUGACCGAUACCGAGUGUCUGGUUUGGCGUUGCUGAAGAAUGAGCAUUCACAAAGGGGUAUGUAUAUAGACGACAUCCUCCCGUUUGUAGGGUAAUUUGCUUUCAACUAGAUCAGGGUGCCCUUACAUUCAUCAUUUUGAGCUUCCGUUUCGAUAACAGGCAUACAUUCGAUUGAUUCAAUACCUGCUGCUCUGAUGCAUAAGUCAUCGACAUAAACAUAGCAUCUCUUCAACAAGAUGUCCUCGCAAACCUCAGGCGAGAUACCUCCCCAGGGGCCUCCCUAUCUCCCCAAGACAGCUGGUCUCGGCGGCAGACCUACGGCCAGCGUCGACGAUCCCAUCUGUGCUGUUAUUUUGGCCUUCUUCGUCGGCGGUGCCAUUCUCAACAUGACCAUCUUUCAGCUGAACAAAAAGCGAUCUCACAAAUUCGCUCUCAGCGGUUUGCUUUUCGGCUUUUGCAUGGCCCGUAUCACCGCGAACGUGUUGAGAAUCGCAUGGGCUUCGAACCCGCAUGACACCAGUCUUGCUAUCGCUGCCCAGGUGUUUGCAAACGCAGGCGUUGUGCUCUUGUUCGUUGUGAAUCUGAUCUUUGCCCAGCGCAUCUUGAGGGCGUAUCAUCCACAAAUUGGAUGGAGCAGACCUGCUUCGCUGGUGUUCAAGCUCUUUUACUUUUGCAUCCUUGCAAGUCUUGUGAUGCUAAUUACAGCUGUGGUAUAUAACUUCUACACUUUGAACCCACAUACGAAACAGCAACUUCGCGACGUUCAACUCACCGGCAGCACGUUUCUUGCCAUUCUCGCUUUUCUCCCAUUGCCCAUUGUCGGAGCGUGCUUCAUUAUCCCCCGAAGAGCACCAAUGGACAAAUUCGGACAAGGCCGCAUGCGAACAAAAAUCCAGCUUCUUAUCUUCACAACUAUACUGCUUUCUCUCGGUGCUGCUUUCAGGACUGGCGUAUCCUUCAAGCUGCGGCCCGCGAACGAUCCAGCCUGGUAUCACAGCAAAGCAUGUUACUACUGCUUCAGCUACGUCAUAGAGAUCAUCGUCGUCUUCUCCUACGCUCUCUCGCGAUUCGAUCGACGCUUCCACAUUCCCGACGGUAGCCAUGCCCCCGGCGAUUACUCUGGUCGCAAUACAAAGACCCAAGAGCGUAUGUACCGUGUUAAUACUGAAGAGGAAGUCUUUGGUGAUGAUGAGCGACCACGAACAGCGGAGCAGCGCCAACAGCAGCAGCGAAACUGGGAGGCGGGUCUAAAGGAGGAGCUCAAGGAAGAGACCGUUUAAUGUCGAAUAUCGUCUUACACGACUGGACUAUUUGUAAUACAUAGUCAAUUGUGAGCGUAUAAAGAAUGGAUAUGGAUUCUGUGCGACCGUUUUCGCCUUCAAUGCAAGCUGUUCUGUACAAGACAUCAUAGAGAGGGGGGUGGCCUACGCGCCCGAAGAAGAUUGUCAAGUUUCAACAAUAUAUCUUUGAACAUCAUGACUGACCCUAGGCUGAAGUGUUAUAAGAGAUGUAGUCUAGGCGUAUCAAGGUAGUCGAAACAUAUCAACUUGUGGAAAUACUUAGUCGGACCAAUACUGAAGAUCAGCUCAACAUAUCAACACAAAGCAUCCAAGGGAUGGGCGUUAUCUGCUACCAUCAUGCCCUGAUCGUGCGAGACCUCAGGAGGGGGAUAUUGUUCACCAAUGAUGUGAGGAUAUCGACUCUUU